AUGGGAUGGCAGCUCUAUGGGAAUCGAACAAACUUUGUCGUGAAACGACAGCGGCGCAUGUUAAUACCCCGGUGCAAGCGCGAGAGCAUGGCGCGAUCCCACUCUUUUUGGAAUACGCUGAUUGACUCCUCGAACCACAAUAAGUUUGAAGCGACAUAUAACAUCGCAGAUUCAUCUAGAGAGAAGCCUGGUCAUGGACAUCUCAGAUGCAGGCCUGAUACACGCAUGAUACAGUCCCGUAUCUUGAUGGCGGCCCGAGGCGCAUCAUGCUCCCCUUGCAACGACAGUAACAGGGCAGAUCCAUCUAGAGAGCCUGCUGAGGUCGUCACAAACCAGCCACGGCCAUUUUUAUGCAGAGGGGCCGACAGAAGAAACCACGACAUUCGUUAUAUUCUCCGAUUUAUCGAUUUUCUCUCUAAAAGUUGCUGGUUAGCCAGCAAGUGUAUGCUUACGGUAAAUGCCGGUCGUCACUUGCCAUCACUGUAUCACUCUCAUUGCCUUCCGGGUGGACCAUCACGAUUACUUGAGUGUCAAGAUGCUACGCAAGUGUUGGGCAUCAUGCCAGCGUUUCGCUUGCCAGUGGACAUUCGGAUCAAUGGAGGAGUAAGGAACGAGAGCGUGAGCCAGUAUUUUUCCGUUAAGGUCUUUUCAAUACAAGCUUUCGCUGCGCCAACUGAAGAGACACGAGAUAAUCAUGAAGAAUGCGGGUAA